GGGUACGUGUACAGCUCAGCAUCUCGUCUGUUUGGCCUUGAAGUGAACGAGGACUUCGUCAGGCUCCAGAAUGACAUUGUGCACAAAUAUAAAUUGUGUGACAGAGUUCAGGUUGUCCACGCUGAUGUGUGCACACAASAGGUUCUGCUGCAGAGCACUGAUGUUCUGAUCAUGAACAACGUCUUUGAAUAUUUUCUGGAGUCUAGCAAACAAGUCAGUGCGUGGAGGUUCAUCAUGCAGACCUUCAGGAAGACAGGAUCUCUGCUGGUUACUGUUCCCAGUCUGCAGGAGAGUCUGAAUGCUCUGCAGGUGGCGCUGGAGCCUGGCUGGGUGGAGGAGCUCCCUGUGGACUAUAAUGUUUAUCUGGGCAGAGAUACAGACCCUGAAGCCCUCAGACAGAUCCACCUCUACAGAGUUCUGUGACAGCAGAAACUACACAUAGAGACGGGGGGCUUAAAUCCCACCUGUCCUGUUCCCCACCAUCACACUGACAGCUAAA